CGUCGCUUUUCUUGCGGUUUCAAUUGGAAAACAGGUUUAAGUUUACAGCUCUAAUACUCUGUAAUCACGGCUUGAAGGACAAGCCAAGACACUUAAUCGGUAUCCUCAUUCCUGUGGUACGUUGUCUUUAUGUAAUAGCUACGGACAUAGCCACGAGUGUUACACGGACACAGAAGAGCACAGGUGAUUACUUCGAAGGCGAUGCUGAAUGAUUACACCGCUUAGAAUUCGCUGGGCGCCGAGCCUUGAAGCACCCGCAGCAACCUCCCUCGACUGCAGACACAUACUGCUGAGCCUGUGGAUGUGACAUAAUUCGUUCAAGGCACAGAGUAUCAUGUCAAGGUGACUGGGUAGCUGUACGUGGCGUCUACAGCAUCGCGCCCAAAAAUAUUAUAAGGAUGCCAGAAUCAGGGCGGACGGCCUUUUAUUCGAUACUUCUCUCGCUACGCAAUCCGCGACCAUGCAGCGGCUUUAUUUGUUGACCCGUGUGCGACAGCAGUGGCCAGUGAUUUCUGCGCGAGGACUUAUUCCGUCGCGAAUUGGACGUGUCAGGACUAGAAAGCUCGAUGUUCGAUUCCAUUCUGCACACUCGCGACAGGUGCCACAGGCAGACAAUAAUUCUUCCUUCCCACCAGGCGGAAGUGGUACUUGGAGCAAAGUGGAUCCUUCGCUAGUCGUUGACAUUGCGCUAAAGACCCUGAUAGGGCUGGGCGUCAUUUUUAUCGGGGGGAAUCUAUAUGUGUUUUGGUACAAACAUAACGUCCUUUCAAAGAUUGAAGCAGCAUUCAACAAAACGUGGGAUGAUGCAGCCCUAGUGCAAUUAAUCAAGCAGGAGCUAUCGCGGUUUGACCUUCUGACACCUGACCUGGAGCAUGCUAGCUUGCAAAGCUUGGCAGCAAAGCUCUCCGAAGUACAUCCGCGACGACAGGAACAAGACUUCGUCGAUUCCAUUGUGAAGGGAGAGAUCGCAGGUUCGUAUUUUCUCCUUGUUGGACCGAAGGGAGCGGGAAAGUCUGGAAUGGUAUUCGAUGCAAUGCUGAAUAUACGUAACAAAGGGGCGGUAUUUCUUGAGGCCCAUCCCGACCUUGAGGUGUUUCGUUUGCGCCUAGGAAAUGCUUUAAACUAUGAAUUUAGCGAGGAUAUGCAGGCGGGACUAUUCCAGAGACCGGACCCUCGAUCCGGCGGUCCCGCGAUGGAUAUUGAACGUGCACUAGAUAAGCUAUAUGAAGUUGCCAUGCGAAAUGGACGUCGUCGUCCGCUCGUUCUCGUCAUCACCAAAAUUCAGAAUUUUCAAAACAAUGACCAAGGCCGAAAUCUUCUUUUACAGAUCCAACAGUACGCUGAACGUUGGGCCAUAAGAGGCAUCGUCACUGUUGUAUUCACCACGGAUGAUGUAUGGCCGUAUACGUUAUUGCGCAAAGCAGCAACUUUGAUGGAAGUGCGCUCUGUCCAAGAUUUGGACUGGGAGAUGUCAAAGCGCACUCUAUUGUGCAGACGGCCAGACGCUGAGAAUGUAAACAGUGUUGUGCACGUUGUGGGAGGACGUCAAUCCUACCUCAAUAAGGUGUCCAGGGCCGAAGAGAUGCUGCAAGCUGCGGAGGACCUGCUGCGCUCGGAGAAGGCGUGGCUCGAGAACUGCCUCGGGCUGAUACCAGAUUGCGACAAUGAUGGAGAAGUUGUCGUUCAGCAAAAAUGGAGCCUGCACUGCUGGACUUUACUCCGAGAGUUCGUACGUCUAUACAGAGCCAACCAGAAGGAAUCGGGGGACUCUUGGGAUCCUCUCAAACUCCCCGUUAUCCCAGCGUGGCGAUGUCAGCAAAUCAUGACACGGCCCGAUUAUUUGGAUGAGCUUGAUAGGUUGGACGUAGUCUAUAUUGACAUGAAUUCAAACGUGCAGCCCGACUCAAUGCUAGUCCUCCGCGCCGCUUUAGACAUCGUUGAGAAGGAAGGCUUCGAUGAGCUCCUAGAAGAUGUCCGUUGCAGAAUAUAGGAGAUAGAGAACCUGCGGCGAUGAACAGGGCAUAUACAUAUUGACUUGAUUCGAUCUGUCAUCAAACAGGAAGAGGAAAGACCAGCUAGUGGUUUUUUUAUCUUUAUGGUGAUUUCUGUACACCCUGCAUCUUCAAGAAAAUUUCAGGGCGAAUAUGGCAUCACUAAUUAUAACACCUCAUUGUCCACGCCCACUACUACCGUCAAUGUGCCACCGUAAUUAACCGUGGGUGAACUCGCCCGGGCUUAUAACUCAUCCAUCAAAGUCUUGGCACUUCUAUUCUAUUCGCAGGGUGGCAUCGAUUGUACGAAACACUGGCCAAGGAGCAGCUCGGAGACUGGAUAGUUAAUAUCAAUCAUUGUUUUGAAGUAGGUUGCAUGGCCAGAUACACUAGUACCACUAUGACUGAUCAGUCAUUUUCAUGAGUUUUGAUGGCAGGAAAUUAGAAAUUUCCAAUUGUGGAUGCG